AUGCAUCCCACACUUUCCGCCUUUGCGCCAUUUUCGGGGGUUCCGGGGGUGCUCCUUGCUGACAAGGAUCCUGGCGCGAGCAGUUUACUCGCUGACAUGCCGUUCAUCGGCCUUGCUUCCAUCGGUAUUGCGAUGCUAUUGUUUCUGGUGACGACACGGAGACUAACAAGGUCAUCUGGUGUCCUUAUCCUUUCCAUCCACACAGCUUUCCUCGGUGCAAUCAUGGACAUCGCAAAUGUUAUUGUCCAGGCUAACACCACCUCGGUCAGCCGAAUGUUCCCUUUGAUUGUUGCUCGAGAGGUUUUUCUCGCCAUUUCCCACGCCAGCAAAUUCUUUUAUGUCUGGCUUCUGUCUGGGCAAUCUAUUGCCGCCCUCAUUUAUGGCGGCAACUCUUUCCCCGCAAGUUGGGCUAGAUGGGGGCUUGGUGGUACGGUGGCCAAUGGCACACUGUUGGUACUCAGUGCAGGUAUUGGACUAACCCAGUUGAUCUGGAGAGCUGGGUUUCUCUUUCAGCUCACCAAUUACCUCGUUCUGUACGACCUCGACACCAUUCUGGAGAUUGCCACAACUGGCCUUCUACUUGCCAAGCUUACUCUAAAUAUCUGGUUCUCGCCACCUUUUACGCCAAUGAAGGCGGCGAAGGCAUAUGCACCAUUGGUAUUUGCAACUCUCCUAGGGCUUAGCGGCCCUAUCGGCAAUCUGCUUGGUUUCAUGUGGUCCGACACUCCUUAUGGACGACUCCUCGAGGCGAUCCAGUUGUAUUUAUAUGCACUUUAUGCUCUUGUUCUCAGCUUCUACGCAAGUGUCAAGAAAGAGAGUAGCCGCAAGACCGAAAAAUCACCAACACAGCAACGGCGUCCAUCCGCUCUCACAAUCCCUUCAUUCCGUGAUAUCUCCGAGCCACCAUCUGCCACGCUCCCGUACAGUUACCCGUCCCCAGCCCCGCUGAUGCAAACCUAUGCAGAGCCUGUGGCCUACGCUAGACCUGACGCCAAGAGAUGGUCUACAACGGAACGACUCAGUCAAUGGGUAUCGGAGCGCGCCGUGCUGAGUCCAACUGGUGCUGGAAAGGCGUGGAUCGAUUUGGAGCGUGGUCAUAAACGCGAACGCAGUUCCAUGGACCAGACUAUCCGUGCCCCCGUCAGGGCCGUAGCCCCAUCCUCCGACAAGAGGCAUAUCCGCGACAACGCUCCUUCUCGGAAGACAACGCUCGACUCGCAAACAUCUGGUCCAGCAAGAAAACCUUCCACGUCAUCCCAGGGGGGCGGCGCUUCGGUCACUGUCGUUUCACCGACCAAUGGUGACCGAAUGACACUCUCUAGAUCCAACUCUUCCAAGAAUCGGUCUCCCAUUGCUACUGAGACAACGGGUUCCAAUGCGAACAGAGAUAGUGCCUUGCCCUCUGCUCCUCGAGGCAUCAUUGGUGGCACAAACGGUACCCGGACGAAGCCUUCGGUUCUGGGUCGUCCGACCAUCAGUCGGAUUCAAUCUAUUAGCAGCAUGCGUUCUCCAUCGCCAAGCACAGAUCUCAGCGUUGCUCUGCGAGAACAGGACGAAAGAGACAGGACCGUGGCGGAAAUCUUGCAAGCCAGGGAUUCCAUGCCGUCUCAGUAUGCGUUAUCACCUCAUUCCAACUCUUAUCGCUCGGGUACAAGCAGUGUCUCCCUUAGCAAUUUCCCUUCGCCUCCGCCAAUGCCCAUGCCAGUGGCCUCAAGCUCUAAGCAGAUUGUCCCUAAGCCAUUACAGCUUCCGAAUCUCAGCAUUACUCAACAGAGCGAUCGCAAAGGAAAAUCAAGGAAGAAGAGCGAAGAUAUCAUUGUUGAUGAUGUCCUUUUCACCCUUGCCCCGCCAAACUGGAAGCGGAACAUAGACAAGAAGGGAGACAGCUAUGCAAGCGCUGCCUCGUCCACUGUCAUGAAGCGAGACCAGUAUGAUUCUUCCGCACAGUGGGACAUCACUAGCUUCAUCGGAGGUGUUGUCUCUCCAGGAGCAGAAAGUGCAUACAGUCCAUCCCUACUCUCCGCAGGACCACCUGGUCGCCGUGAAUACAGCGCGCCGUACCCUUCUGCAGUGGCCUCUUCUGCUCUCCUGAGCCCUGCACAAUCUGUCAUGGAGAGCGAGGACAACGCUCAGAUCCUGGAGGUCAAGCACACGCAUCCUAUCAUGCGGAUCAUGCCCACACUGCCAGAGAAGGCAAUAGCGAUGAAGGCGAAGGAAAAAUCACCAUCACGAGGUGGUUCGUUGGACACUGCCGAUAAGACUGUAGAAAACCCUGUCAGCAUUCUUCCAGACACAAGGUCCUCCUCCGGUUCGCCAUCACGAGAGGGUUCUCCACAGCUAAUGCCAGCCAAGGCAGCAGGACCGGGAAAAACCUCUCCGUUCCCGACACGACCUUUGGCUGGGCUCGGGAGCUUGUCGACACAAAUCCGUGCUGGUUCUCCGGGAGGUGCAGAGAUGUUGGAGGCUUCUAGUACAGCCUUUGAGAAGCCGCGACCAGCGCCUUCGCCAGUUUCAACAACAACCAGUCCUGUGUCGCGACCUACGCAACCGCCUAGCGGUUUCAUAUAG